AUGAUGCCAGAGCUUUUAAGCAUUCCAUUUAAGAGAGCAUUGAGCAUUGAUUUCAAAAAAGAAUUGACUACAUUGAUUGAGAGCAGUUCCCUCCAAGAAGCCUCAUGUUUUAAAGAUGAUAUAGAUAAGUUGGCAGACGCUAGGAAUAAGAUAAUGGAUAUUGAUGUCUCUGAAGACGAUUUAAAGAUUUUACAAAAAUAUUAUAGUUACCUUCAGCAAUUAAAUAAAAAGUUUCCUAAUGAUCAAAUAAAAUACACAUGGUUUCAAACGCUUACACAAAAAUCUUACAGCUGUAGCCUAUACUCAACUAGAUUUGAAGAGUUGAAUAUCAUUUACAACAUUGGUUGUAUGUUUUCGUUGCUAGCAUGUAAAUAUAACGAUAAUAGUAGCGAAGGGACCAAAAAAGCAUGUAUAUAUUUCCAGAAGAGUGCUGGUUACUUUGAAUAUCUGAAGAAGCAUAUUAAUGAUACCGAAGAAUGCGUCGUAGAUUUAAAUUCCAUUGAGGCUAUAGUCUCCAUUUUGUUGGCAUCUGCUCAAGAAUUGACAUGGUUCAAAUCGAUUCAAGAUAAUUAUCAAGAUUCCUUGAUAUGUAAGUUAGCCAAAAAAACCUCUGAAUUUUACACCAAUGCCUUGAUAUACAGUAAAAAAAGUGAACUGAUUCGAGGUGAUUGGGUUGAGUUUAUUGAGAAUAAGCAGAAUUAUUUCCUUGCUGUGGCCUACUAUAGAUAUGCAUGUUCGAUAAUCCCGAAGAAACAAAUGGGGGUAGCUAUUAAAAGUUUAGUGAUGGCCAAACAUUUCUUAGAAGCUUGCAGCAGCAAGUACGAUUCUACCAUCAUGAUUAAUAGGAAGCCAUUCGAUUUGAAAAUAGCUACUUUAUUGAAAGAUACCGAAAGAGAUAAUGAUUUUAUCUAUUUACAACCUAUACCUGAUAGCAUAGAGGAAUUACAGAGUGCAUCGAUGGUGAAGAGUAUCGAAAUAGGCGAGAAAGAUCUUAUAGGCGAUGAAGGUAACGAUGUUAUAUUCAAAGAUUUGAUACCAUUGGUUAUCUUGAAUCUUGCCAGUGCGUACAACGAGCGACAAGACGAGUACAUCACCAAUCAAUUAAUCAAACCGAUAGAAGCAUUAAGCAACAUCUUAGAGCAAAAAAUGACGGAAUUCUCGAAUGAGGACGCCUCAACAUCGACUAAAGAUGAGUUUGUAAAUAUUGAUGCAAACGAGCUCGGUCUGAUACAAGAGAAACUCAUUGCCUCUAGCAGUAAGAACGCCACAAUUGCUUCAACAUUGCGCGAAACGAGAAGUUCCUUGGAUAACGAAGCUAAAAAGAAUGAACAACUUCUUAAACGGUAUGGCACUAUCAGUUGGACACUUGAGGAUUCGACAACGGUGAAUGGCAAAUACUAUGAUGUUUUACAGAAGUUGGAAGCAUAUUUGCAUGAGGGUUGUUAUAUUGACAAAGAGACUAAUGACGCCUUCGCCGUGAUUGACAAGGGAUUGUUAACCAAUCCACUGAAGCAGUUGAACGAGAUUGAAGUGAAAAAUAAGGAGAGUAAUCCAUUAAGAUCUAAAAUUUUGAAUAUUAUUUUUGAGAGAGAAGAUAUAGUAAAGCAGAUCAAAAAUGCAUCGUUUAGUCAAAGGAUCCUACCUAAAAUUGUUGAUGCGUAUAAGAAAUCGAAUGGUGAUUUAGAGACGGCAGGGUUUGAGGAUGAAUUCCAGAUGCAUCUGAAAGUGUUUGAUGGUUUCAAAAAACAAAUAAAUAAAAUGAAGGUAGAAAAUCAUGAGCUGGAAGAAGAACUGAAGAGGUCGACCGUUAGAGACAAUGAGAUGACUAAGAGCCUUAAUGCCACGACGACGGGCCCUAGACGAAUUUCGCCGUUGGAACUGUUAACAGUUGACUGGAAAGAGUCAUAUCAACUGUUCCAACAAGUGAGGCACAAUGUCGAAGAAGGCGAGACAUUUUACGCUGAUCUCUGCGAGAAGACAAAUGAGCUGAGCCAAGAAGUUAAACAGUUUGUUGAACAUCGAGAGGUUGCUCAAAGAAAAUUAAUCGAUGAGAUCGGGAAGUGA